AUGCAGAAUGAGACCAGAGCUCCCUACAUAAAAGAUGGGCUGUUCAGGGCUCCCUGGACUCGGAGGUUAUUAUCCAUGGAGUCAGAUAGUGCGCGCGCCAAAGGCGAGGAAGAUAGGCUCAGCGCGUUGACCGAUGACAUUUUAAUCUCUAUCUUGGGGAGAGUCGACCUUGCCAUGGCAGCAAGGACUAGCGUUUUGUCAACGCGGUGGAGAAACUUGUCGUGGCUACUUCCUGAUCUCAAACUUCAUGUCACGGACUUCCUUAGUGCCCCAUGUACAGGGGCUGCACACACUGAUCAAGCAAUGGCGUCUCUGACAAGAGCCACUAGCAGCUUCUUGGCUCAGCCCCGCAGGGAACACACCAUCUCAACACUAUGCCUCAAGCUUUACCUCAUGGGCAACUAUUCGCGUGACAUUGGCCUGCUAGUUAGCAAUGCCAUUGACAGCGAGAUGCUAAAAGAUUUGGAACUUGCCAUUUUAACUGAGAAGGAGGUCAAGGACUCCGACAACGAGGUUAUGUUACGGCAAGCUCGGGAUGUGGAUGGAUUUUUCAGUGAGUACCCUAGUGUUCUUCGCUGCCUCACAAGGCUUCAUCUACAUAAUGUUUGCUUCGCCGAACGCGACAUGAAUCACCUCCUGUUUGAUUGUUGCAAGCAAUUGCUGCACCUUCGUCUGGACCACUGUGACACCGGGGACUUAUCUGUAUGGAAGAUCAAUGCGCCACAUUCGAAUCUCAGAGUUCUAGAAGUCUACUUGUCAUUGAAAAGAGCUGAGGUGCUCUGCCUUCCAAAACUAGAGCGGGUCCGUUGGCAGGUACUGAGGGGCCACAAUUCUGUCUUGCACCUGAGAACGAGUGUAGGAGGCAUCAACACCGAUGUGCUUGGUGAGCUCAUGCUUAACAGGAUCACGGUCAAUGCUGAGUGCCUCAGUGCUGUCGGAGAGCAGAGGGGUCGGUGUAGCAGUGGAAACACCAAAAUCCUGAAGAAGCCAUCGUAGCCAAGUAAUUUCUGCAGUCACGGACGCCAUAGCUCGCAGCUCAGCCUCAGCACUGGAGCGAGAUACAACAUUCUGCUUCUUGGUCUUCCAGGCAAUCAGGGAGGAGCCAAGAAAAACACAAUAGGCAGAGAGAGAGCGGCGAUCAGUGGGAUCGCUGGCCCAGGUAGCAUCACAGUAGGCCUGAAGCUGAAGAGAGCUGGAGCGAGGGAAGAAUAAGCGACGAGUCACGGUACCACGAAGGUAACGAAGAACACGAAGAAGGUGACUGUAGUGAAGUUGAGUGGGAGCAGAGACAAACUGACUUAGAAUGUGCACAGCAUAAGAAAUGUCAGGACGAGUGAUGCCUAGAUAGACAAGGCUCCCAACAAGAUGGCGGUAGCGUGUGGGAUCUGCAAGGGGUUCACCCUCACCAGGACGAAGAUGGAGACCAAACUCCAUAGGAGUGUCAACCGUGCGCUGAUCAGUGAGGCAGGCACGAGUGAGAAGAUCUUGGAUGUACUUCUCUUGAGAGAGAUAAAUACCCUUAGGGGAAGAAAUGAUCUCAAGUCCAAGAAAGUAGCGAAGAGAACCCAAAUCAGUCAUCAAGAAUUGCUCAUGUAGACGUUUCUUCACAAAAUCAAUGAAUUGGUGGUCAGCCCCUGUGAUAAUCAUGUCAUCAACAUAGAGUAGUAAAAGGGUGCGACCGCAAGGAGAAGUGUGAAUAAACAGAGCAGGAUCAUGAACACUAGCAGAGCACCCGAUCCUUGUGAUGACGGCGGAGAAACGCUCAAACUAGGUACGAGGAGCUUGUUUCAGCCCGUAAAGAGCGUGCCGAAGGCGACAGACAGUGCCAUCAGAGACAGUAUAGCCAGGAGGCGGCUGCAUAUAGACCACUUCCCGCAGCUCACCAUUCAAGAAGGCAUUCUUGACAUCUAAUUGAGAGAUGGACCACUGUCGAACAGCAGCAACAGCCAAAAGAGUGCGAACAGUGGUCAUGUGAGCAACAGGAGCAGAAGUCUCAUCAUAGUCACGACCAUACUCCUGCUGGAAGCCACGCGCAACAAGACGAGCUUUGUAGCGCACGAGAGAACCAUUUGAAUGUGUCUUAACCUUGUAGACCCAUUUGCAAGUGAUGGGUCUAACACCUGUAGGCAGGGGUACAAGGUCCCAAGUGCCUGUGCGCUCAAGAGCAUGAAUUUCCUCUGCCAUAGCAUGCUGCCAUUCAGAAUGAGCAGCAACCUCACGAUAUGUAGACGGCUCAACAAGAG